CAAAAAACUUAUAUUGCCAACGAUGAAUCUUCGAAAUCCUUUGCUGAUUUAAACUAUCUCGAUUUAUCAAAACAUGAUUCCAUUUGGAAAAACAUGAUUGAUAUGCAUCCUUUUAAUCAGGCACUGACUGUAUUUUUACCUGGAUGCUCUAUUAAUUUAGCAAAUGAACACUUUAACCAAAAGCUUGGAUAUUAUUAUCAAGUAGAAGCUCCUCUUUCUAUAUUAUUAGAUUUAAACUUCUUCAAGACAUUCUUUCAAUCAGGUACAAGAAAGAACGAAAGAAAGAAAGAACAAGAGUUGACAGUUAAAUUACAACAGAUCAGUACAACCUGAUGAUGCACACUUUGAAUACGGAUCUAAACACAGAUAAUGUUAUUGUGCUUGAUCCAGAAGGAAACCUUUCAUUAAGUUUAGUAAAAGACGCGUAUGAAAAGUUUGGUAUUCAAGUACAGCACAGAUCAAAGGCAUCCAUGAAGCAUAACAAAUACAUAAUCAACAUUCCACUUAAGGAUAAUCAAUUGCACCCAGGAAGUAAACAGUUUGAAAGAUUAAAGUGGUGUCUUGAGAACACAUUGACACAGACAUUCAAGCUAGUUUUUGCAGCAACUGAUAAAGUGACUGGGCAAUCUGUGGAUAUUGAAUGGCCAUCUCAAGUGAAGAAAGUGACAAAGAUAGACAUAGAGCCUCAAUUUGAGACAUUGACUGACAUUCAUAUACCCAGUUUUGAAAGUAUCAACCACUCUUUAAACGGUCAACCAGCCGAAGAUUGGGAUAGACAUGUCAUGAAUGCAUUAGAGUGGAUUGGACUAGCUUAUAUAAGGUCAAAUAGAAUAAAAGCCAAGACGACAAAGGCAGUAGAUCCAUUCAUCUCUGUAUAUAAAGCCCCAGCGCCUUACCUGGACAGUCAAACAGGCACCUUGAUAAAAUGGAAAGGGCUUUUGCCUACUCCUUUUAUCCACAAUGUUAUGACAAUGAUAAGAAAACUAAUGGUACCUGACAUCAUCAACCACUGGACAUCACUCACCGUAUACGGCUAUCGUGACUCGCCUUAUACUUGGAAAGGAAAAGAACACUACGCGUAUUUGAAUAGUGAAAACGACUAUACUUUCUUGAUGAUGCCAGAGCAUCAAACGGCGUAUACACUUCAAUUUUAUGGUUCUCAUCAUUCAAACGUUUAAAUAAAGACAGUUUAUUUACGAGAAUACCAGGCUAAAGCUACACCAGCAACAACGAGCGUCAAAGAUAAACCAGCGACAACAUCAGCAAUGACUUGCUUUCUUUCUGCCUUCUUU